ACGCACAAGCGCACAAACCAAAAUAAACGCCGUGGAGUUUUGUUUUUUUUUUUUUACUUGCUAGCGGGUGUGGUAAACACAAAGUGCAAAUUUGCCUCCACUAACUGCGCGCCACCUCUCCUCCGCCACACAUCUUGCCGUGUUCAGUUUAUUUCGUUUGUGUAUUCUGUCGCCUUCAGUUACAGUGCAAUGGAGACGCGACCAUUUUGUUUGAUUUGUUUCCUCCCGAGUCGAAGCGGUUUGCUCUAUUGCUAGCCCUAGUUAAGUAGAUUUAUACAUUCCAUUUCAAAGCAUCCGGCCGCUGCUUCACGUAUUCUCAUUGCACGUACACAAUCCCGGACCGGAAAGCGAACAGUGCAUUCUUCUGUGAGCUGCAAGUGCAGUGCGAGUAGAGGUGGCUAGCUCGGAUACGGAUGAAUAGCGUCAGCAACGAUACCGAAAGGAGUGUGUUCACCGGAUGCUGUAGCUUUUUUUGUUGGUUCGCUGCAUUUGGCAUACACGCCGAAUCUUAGAAAGGUUAUAUAUCCGUCGGCGGUACCGAUCGGUUGUGAUUUUAAAAUGCUACCUCCAUUCACCGGCCAGACGAGUUGAUAUGGUUGUGCAAUCACGCUUGAGGCUUACAAUCGAAACAGGAUGGGCUCAUCCCCCGAAUGCAUGGGAAAAUCCCGUCCACGCAGCUUCUAAGAUUGCUAAUUAAAAUCGUCGAGUCACGGUGACUAUUUUUGUCCCAAAAAUGGACCGCCGUCUGUUUUGCCGUCAAACAGUACCAAACCACUUCUCCGCCCAGACGCUGACUGAACGCAUGCAAAACAAACAUGGUCCAUUGAAAACCAACAAAACGAUAAAAAAAGCGUCGCGAUCGACACCUUGAAGAAAUUCCAAACGGUUCUAAAUGACGCAAGCAGCCGCAGCUGGAACAGAGUUGGUCGAUUCGUUUGUGAUAUGAACGUCAAACGAUGGAUCUUGCUGCUUGUUCUCGUCGCGUGAACACGACAAUACUACGCGAGUCGGUUAGGGUGUGCGCGCGUGCUACGUCGAAGGUCCUUCAAGCUUCUGAUCUCCAACGACCGUUAGAUCGUUGCUAAUAUGUUUACAGCACGAUAGGAUUAUUUUAAAGCAAAAACUUGCUCAUCGCUAACCGCAACCACAAGCCUCCCGAUGGAAGACAAUACGAUAAGCAUGUUUAUGGAUGUAAAGUUGGACAUCCGCGAGAGGAAGCUGGAAUUUUCUCACCUAAAGUCCUGGUCGCGGUACUUUGUGCGCGUAGAAGCGGUCAAAUGUUUCCCGUGCUAUAUGCGCAUCUCGUUCUUCUCAUCACCCACCGAUCUUACCACCGAUCUGAUCGUGCGUAUUAACAUUCCCGGCCUCACCGUACAAAUGGCCACGUCCCGCACGAAACAGCACUCGUACGGGUUGUUCUGGAAGAACAAUCGCAAACGAUGCUGCGCCUACUUUGCCCUGGAAACGCAACUGCUCUGCGAACGGCAUCUACGCUGGAUGAAGAAAUCGAUCCGCAACCUGGAGCUUUACCGGCAGGAGAUGAUGCAGUUGCGCCGUGCUAGCCGUACACCGAGCUACGAAAUACGGCAGGAGAUGCAACCGAUCGAUCCGCUUGGUGCUGCCGCCUCGACGGCCGAUGGAAGAGCGUGCGAUGAUAUGGGCAUCUACCAGAAUCUGGACAACACACAAAACAUUAUGGGCCUGCAGGAUAUACUGGGCCCGUUGCCGACGGUGCCGUCAGUGGUGGAGCGAACCGCCGAACCCAAUCCGGCCAACUGGUCACGGCGUGUUUCGGGGUUGUCGGGCAUUUACGAGGAAAUUCGUGACGAUUUAGCCGGGCCCAAUUCACGCUUAUCUCGCGCAUCGAUUGCUUCCGGAAUCUACGAGGAAAUGAAGCUGGUACCCGGUUGUGGGGAACCAAUCAAGGAAGAGCUUUGUACACCACCUCCACCACUACCGCCCCGCAAACGAUCCAACACGAACGAUGGGUUCGAUCUGCAACGGUCGUACACGGCCCCGGAAGCGGAGCUAAUGAAGAAAAAGCGUCACCACUGGCUACGAUUAGAGUCGAUGUUUGGUCGCCGGCGUACAACCAGCACGGAUUCGCAGGGGUCAGCUUCCGAAAAGAAAAGCUCCGCACGCAAGGAAUGUAAAGCGGGCACCAAACCGGUCUCGGUUGCCUGCUCUAUCGCGGAAAAGGUUGGUGCGGUUGUGCAUCGCGAUAAGGUGUGCCGGUUACGGUUGGCCGAGAAUAAGCGGAACAGCUUCUCGAGUCCUGACCUGAGCCGGUUAAAGAUAAGCGAAACUCCCACGGGAUGUGAAGGGGCGGCCCAUGAUAGCAUCACCUCCUGCGACAACCUUUCCGAUGGAGUUGGCUCGUGUACGUCCGAGUUUUAUCUGCAGCGAGAUAUCGACUACAUCGAGGAGGAUUGUUGCUUCGGUUCGUUCGAGUGUAUCGAUAUGUCCGGUAUGUCGCUUACGCAGGAAGGGGAAGUGGAUGCGGAACCGUUAUGCUUACCGAGCGCCAGGCGACUUAACGUUUCCGAACGUAUUUUAGAAGGUUUUAAUCGGUCCGCAAACUCGUCGACGGUGAAUCUUGUCGGGUGUGUGGCUGCGAUCGAGCAAGAUUGUGCGGAACGGCGUCCCUCACCGAUGAAGGAAGCGACCGAUACGGACGGAUAUCUUGAGAUGGGUCCGAUUGGAACCGGGUUCAAUCGGCAGAAAUUGUUGGACGAGGCUGUAAUCUACCGGAACAAUCCACUGCCGCUGAAAGGCUUAGGUGGUGUGAGCGGUGCGCCAGAUAGUGAAGAAUCGAUCUACAUGAACAUGGGUGGUACGGAGAAGCACCUUCAGGAACCUAUCCGCUCCAGCUCCACCAGCAGCAGUAGCAGUAGCAGUGGCGUUAGCAGCGCUAGUGAUCAUAGCUUCCUCGCUUCACAGGACGGCACGGCGGGGAAGCAUCGGUGCUCGGUGGACGAAAAGAUUUCCUCCUACUAUCCGAACGAAGAUUUGCAGCGAACGCCACCGAAUGGUAAGAGCAAGCUGGCGGCCAGCGGGAACUGCACCGAACGCGUUCAAAUGACACCACCACCCGCAACCACGCUACCACGAACCGUUCGAUCCGCCCAACGAGCCGUCAACGAAUCGGCAGUGGAACAAUACGAUCGUAUUCAGGCGUCGUUCCGUACGCCGAAAGCAAGCAGCAGACGGUUGCGAACACUACACGGCACGCGACCAUCGGCGAAGGAUGCAGCACAGCACAUCGAAUCGAGUGGAGCGUUGAUGAGCGUCGCGGAACCGUGCUCGCCAAAGCUGUACCAAAAGUACGCAACCCUGGCACGUAUCUCCUCGUCAGCACCGAGUAAAUCGGUGGACCAAAGAGCAAAGCACGACGAUGAUGGUGCACCGGCGAAGGGAACACCGACCACAACGCCGAUCAGCAAACGAUUCGGAUCGUUGCCACGGUUUGGUAAAAUUGAUCUUUCACCGUUGAGGAUGAAAAUCAACAGUGUGCUGCAGCGCCAUAACUCGGGCAAUCUGUGAUCGGUAACAUUUACCGAUUAUUAGCUCCUUUUUUUUCCUUGCUGUUGUUAAAAAAAGCUUCAUUUUUAAGGUGCAAAACUUGUGAUGUAAAGUACUUCAACUGCUCAACUGCGUUAACAGGGCGCUUAGCUUUUAAGGGAAUUCGUAUUUGUGUGAGCAUUUUCACAACUGUCUUUAAGAAUCUCGAUUUACGCUGUAAGGUGCUAGGAAACGUUUUCUCAUUAUUACAACUCGCUAAAAGCUUCUCACGAUUUGCCCUUUUGCCUUUCGUACACGAUCGUACAACAAUCAUUGCUUCGUUAGCGCUGCAUUGGAAAAAAUAAUAAGAAAGAUAUCUACAGAAUGACGAAUGCUACAUCACAGGAUAGAAAAAUGGUAGAGAGAUAGAUAAAAAAAUGAAACACGAUUUACAAGCCGUGGUGCUUUAGCUAGCUUAGCUCCUUUAAUUUUUCAUGCUCAAUUGGUGCUUGAGGAGGAUGUAGGAUAUUGUAGUUAAAUCUAAAAAAACAUGUUUUAAUAAGUAAACUAUAGCAUUGUGCUUGCUUUGUGAUUUAAGCGAUCAGUAGGGAUAAAGGGGUAACCCCCCUUAGUGAAAGGAAAGUUUAAUCUGCAGCUAACUGUGUGGAUGAUCAGUACGAAAACUAAGCAUAUCAAUGUAAAGCUACAUGUCUACAAUUCAGGAUCAAUUUUAGGUGAAAACAAUAUUUUAAAGAAAGCGUAGGUUUGAACUGUGAUCAUGGCUAAUCUGCAAUGGGUAUGUAAUCCCUCCGAACAAAAACCGAUUCUAAAGGACAUUUUAAUAAUUCUCAUUGAGGGUGCAGAAGAAAUCUACAAACAGCACACUACCUGGAACGGAAUCUCAUCGUGCAAUUGUUGCCCGCGUACAAUAUAUCCCGCUUAAGUUCAAACCUUUAGGAUAAAGCAAGAGAGAGCUAGCUAAUAUAUCAAUGACAAUGCAAAACAACUCUUCCAUAUCAUGUGUGGAUGUGAGUAAAGGUGCUUCAACAGAAAAUGGCUUACAAAAUAGUAUUAGUAAUCAGCAGUAUGUGCGCAUGAGCAACGUAGUAGUAGAAACGAGAAAUUGUAACCGCCGCCGCCGCCACGCCUGCAAACAAUCCGCUACCGAACAUUGUACAAAAAGGCCGCAAAACGGUUCACCAUGAAGAGGGGUUUUGAGUCUGUUGUUUUUUGAACAGGACAGUAACUUUGAUGAACACGGUCAACAAAUAAAGACACCAUUUGAUGCUUGUGUA